CAGAGUAUUGAUGCAAUUAAAUUACAGAUGCCUUCUGCUCUUUCUUUUUUUUUUAAUGUAGACAACGAAUAUCAUGGCGAGCGUUUGGUUCCUUACGGUUUUGUGUGCCCUUCAAUCUAUUGUCCUCACAGAUGCCACUCAAAAUGAAUACAGCGACAGAUCCGAAUCACUAUUGGCUUUCUUGAAACAUUUCAACCAUAGCAGACAUCACGUGACUAAUCCCGAAGGAAAGAAGAAAGCGCAGGAGUUCAUUCAUCAAACUUUCCAGGAUUUGGGCCUUGUCACGUGGCUUGAAAAAUUUGAACCAGAUUAUCCAAAGUACGCGACUGGAGAAAACAUAAUCGGAAUGCUCCCUGGCAAACUCGCUGGCUCGCCAAACGACAGGUUGUUUCUGAUCGGUGCUCAUUACGACACGAUGCGAACUACCUUACAUGGUAGUGACGAUAAUGGCUCAGGCGUGGCUGCUAUGCUUCAGGUUGCUAAGCAGCUCGCCAAAGAUUUCUCCAGCUGUACGCGUAGUUUCAGCGUUAUCUUCGUUGCAUUUGACUUUGAAGAAUGGGAAUUUGAUUGUUCCAACCAAAGCGUCGUGCCCGAAUGUGCUUGUGGCUCUAUCGACUGUGGAAGUCGCGCUUUUGUCGCAAAUUUCACCCAAUUUUACAACGGGUCCUUAAACUCAAACGGAAAGCUUCAGGGAGCGAUAAUCAUGGAUACAAUGUUCAAUUAUAACACUACGCCUCAUUCGCAGUUUCUCCCAUUUGGAGUAGAACAUCUCGCACCAGAAAUUUACCAUCAGAUCAAAGAGGACGAGUUUCGAGGGGAUUUCCUUUCCAUGAUUGGACGACAAGUGGAUGAUGCAGCGCUUCUGAACUCAUUCUGGUAUCAUUACAGUCAAGUGAAAUCUGCUCUCGGGGACAAAACUGCAAUGUAUCAAGUAAACCUUCCAUUUCAAGGACAGCCAUCAAAACUCUCCGAUCGGGAAUAUAACCUGCUUGGGGAUUUCUUACGUAGUGAUCACGUGUCUUUUUGGGACCAUGAUCCGUCAAUGAGCGCCAUCUUCCUCAGUGACACAGCUGACCAAAGAAGCUACAUGAAAUCGUGUUACCACAAAAACUGUGACAGCCUGAGUCAUGUGACGUCUGAAAUGCUUCAGUUCCUACAGAAGACCACUGACACAAUUCUAGCCACAGUUAAUGACGUCACCAAGUUAUCGUGCAACGGCACGACCAUCACGACUACCACUACCACUACAGCUUACGGUAUGAAAGGAUGGGAGAUUGGCCUUUUGGCAUUUGGAACGUUUUUGCUUGGCGCGUUAAUCGCUGGGGCAGCAUUUGUGUUUUACCUUCGCUGGUUCAAGAAAGACGCAUCAUUUGUCAGCCAAGAUCACUUGCAAUCAGGCUUCAAUACAAACGUCAUCUAACCCUUUAUCAUUGCACAAAGUUCACGAACGUGGCCGUCUCACAGGUUGCUAAUGGGGAGUCUUUUGCAGCACUAACUGAAGAAACUGGGCGCUCGUUUUUAAUCUUAAAAUUUUUUAGCUAAAUCGUUUUCUUUAUCUUUUAAAUAUUAAGACAAUCCUUUGUCUCCUUGGUUAAGUACUGAAUGGUUUUUGCCUUACCUAGUAAAUAUUUUGUUUCCAGUUGAAAGUGGAAGUUGUUAUGUACAUGACAGGGAAUGUCUCUCAUUACAUUGUAACCGAGCCGCCCUGGAAGACCCUCGAAGUUAUGGCGAUUGAGAGAUAUUAGUGAUCUUAUACUCAUUAGGCAAACUUAAGGAUUUAACUCGGUGUGAUUCUUUUUAAGCAAGUAUUAUGCUUAAACAAACUGUUAAGAUGACAAAAUGUCAAAAAUGUUUUUUGUUGAUUUUUUAAAGUUCGAUUACAUUCCACGAUCUCAUUCUUUUCACAAAUAAUUUAGAAAGGGGCUUGUUAGUAACGUGGUAACUACAGAAAAAAACUUUGCGGCCCGACCUUUACGAGAACUUUAUAGCUCCGUGAACUUACCUAAUUUUCGGCAAUCUCAAGUUUGGCCGCCAUUUUGAGGGACUUGUCAACAUGAAGCGUAACCGAUAUAAAUCAAGCAGGUAAAUCUAAAACCGUCAGAAAUACAUACGAAAGCAAUUCAAAUGAACUUUACUUUCAAUUCAAGCGGCAAAAUUUGAAAUUGUUCGUUAAACUUACCAUCCCCAUGCGACCAUUUAUUCCAACAAUUCAAACACUACAACUUUCUGAAUUCCCCUCGUCGAUUCCACCGCAAGAAAUAACCUGUGCCACCCAAGCUUCGACUCGAAUGUGAAGUACGGAUCAAAUAACAUAACUGCUUCAUCUUCGCGGCAAUAUCACGCUGGUAUUUUGAUUUUCCGAUCGACAAGAACGGUGAUCAAGAAUCGAUCGGUUUGUUUACCUCAUAAACGUGACCGCUGACCAGCUGCUGAGUGAAAACAGUACGGUUCAGUGGCGAGGGGCGGGGUGAGGGAUGGGUGCGGG